CGACAAUCUCCCUUCCUGCCUCUGAAGAUGGAGAUGAGCCUCAGCAACCUGGGAUUCUCCGCGAUGCAACCUUCGCUCGCCGCGUAGUAUCGCCCUACUCCCCUGCGCAAGUGAAUGCGUACCUCGACAAAAUUGGCUGGUCGCCCGGAUCGGCGGCAGGGCACCGCAGCUCCCACUUCGAGCCAAACGCCGCAAAUCUUCGCAGACUGAUGUACUUGCACCUACUAGCAUUCCCGCAGGACACCUCCGCGCUGCACUAUACGCGGGACCACCACAUGCCGGUGACGCCUCAAGAGAUGUACGAAAGCAUGGUCGUCAGCAAACAUGGCAGCUACUGUUUUGGGCAGAACGGGCUGCUGCUUGGCAUGUUGCGAGGACUAGGCUACCGCGCGUACGCAGCCGCAGGGCGUGUCCUUCUUCCUCCUUCCCCUCCAUCUCCGCACUCCGCGACGCUCGUGUACUCUGCACCGCACCACCUCGUCCUUCUCGUCCAGCCGCACGACGCGUCAGGUCCUCACGGCAACAUGACCUACAUGGUCGACGUAGGCUUCGGAGGGACAGGACCCGUGCGUCCAAUCCUACUCGCGGACGGCAGCUCAGGUCUGAAGCAACGCACACCAGAGGAUGGAGAUCAUAACGACCCGGACGGGGAAAGCACAGCCACUGGCGGUUGGAUAUGGGGCACGUACCCGCCUGAGCGGCAUCGUCUCGUUCGUGGCGCAUUGCCCGACAGCAGCCUUGGUGCGUCGCGAUCACCAACUAGUCCGACUGCCUACGCUGAAACUCAUAGGGUAGAGACGCACGGAGGCUCGGGUCGCGCCCCUGUCCAUGAUUGGCACCUCCAGGUCUCGCAUGCGUCCGCUCAUCCGUCGAACACCUCCGACACCUCUUCGUCGGCGGAGAAGUCGGAGUGGACCACGCUGUACUCCUUCGCGGAGGCGGAGUUCUUCCAGGCGGACAUCGACGCGGCGAGCUUUGCGGUAAGCCGCAUGCCAGGCUCGUUCUUUCUUACCACCAUCAUCUGCACACGGCGCUUUCUCGUGGUACUGCAGUCCGCAGAAGACGAGGAAGAGCUGCGGCUACGCGACAAACACGCCUUACCGACAUCAAUCAACUCUGCUGAGGGUCUAGACCUGGGAGAUGUUGGUCCAGGGCCGUUCGUUGGUAAGUGGAACCUCGAGGGCGCGAGGGCGACGAAGAGGAUCGGACGCGAAGUCGUGGAGGAGAAGAGGUUCGUGACGGAAAGUGACAGGGUGGAGAUCCUGAGGGAUGUCUUUGGUGUAGGUGUUAGGCCGGAGGACGAGCAGUGGAUCGUCGGAUGGCCCUCGGCGUUGCCGUCGGACCCAACGUGAUGAAUAUUUGUCUCCGCGCCUUUAGCUCGUCGCUCUCAGUACGCAUCAGUACUUGAAACACACGAUGCCUCUGCGAAUCCCAGACCCUUGGCGGCAGAUCUUCUGCUAACUCAGCUUUGCUCCCAACCGCAUGUCCUGGAUGAUGGGAAAGCGAGAAGACAUGGCUACGCACCCCAAGGUCGUCGCUGUCAGCGUGCCUUCGCUGUCGUGAGUAAGCCAUCUUACUAUCCAGCGCCUCGCCCCCAUGAUGACGGUGCGAUGAGUGGUCUUUAAAUUGCUUCUUCGGCCAUCCGCGGUCAUGAUUACUGACA